UUCUUUUUUUUUUUUUUUGUUUUCAAACAAACGGUAUGAGCUCGAGUCAUAGAAGUUUUAAGCCUUUAAGUUUUGAAGAGAUAAAAGCCAAAAAAGAAAGAGGCGAAUUCUUGAUCGCACCUAUAUUGACAAAAGCUCUGAUUGAAGAGGCAAAAAUCAAGCGUAACUUCAGCAAAGCAGAGAUUUUAUAUCAAUAUUUACGAGAAUCUUUACCACCUGAGCCUAGUAUGGAACGACAUAAAGGAGAUAUCCGAUCAUUUCAGCGUGGCAUUACUACAAUGGUGCGUUACUCUCCUAAUCCGGAAAAGGCAUUGUACUAUGCCAAUCAUUUUUUUACACAACUAGAAUACCCUUUACGCAACGCAUUUAACGAAGUGGUGAUAUUGACCAAUUUGUUAUACGUCUAUACAUCGCAAGGUAUAGCUGAAGAAAUGAAAACGGCGCUAAAGAUUAUUCGACUGGCUUUGGAUAUUGGCGUAUUCCGUAUUGAUCCAGAGAAUUAUAUAAACUUAUGUUCCAGUAGAGAUAGCUUUGAUAAUCCUUUACAGGUCUUUGAAACAGUUUGUAAAAAACCAUUGCAAUAUCAUGGGCUUGAAUUCAAUGCGGAUAAAUCAGACCUAGUUCAAGCUAAAUCUUAUCGAUAUUAAUAUAGCGUUUAUGCAAAUAAAGAUACUUUUUUUGCACAACUUGUUGCACUUUGAUUUGUCAGCUGUAACUGAAAAAAAAGUUCAAAGCCGUCACACAAGACCUG